AUGUUUAACACAGCCUCUACUUUUUUUACAUCUGAUUAAUAGGCAAAUUUUUACGAACUAUAAGAGCUUUUAAAGAAAGCAAAAGAAAGGGUUCAAUAUUUUUUUGAUAUUGAUCUUGAUAUUAUAUCAGAAUGGGUUAAUAAGUAUAAAGAAUGUUCAGAUCAAAUGAAUUAGGAUACAUAGCAGUUUUAAUAUAUUUAAUCAACACUCUAAAAUCUUAUCAGAAACAUAGAAAUUAUCAAAACUGAAGGAAUGCUUUUAGUGGGUAAUUUUAAACCCUGGAUGAGUGGAAUUGGCAUGAUAAGUUUUCCUUUUGGAUAUACAAUAUAUGGAAAAAUCACAUUUGGAAUAUUAAAUGGGUAAGGAGUGAUUAAAAAAAAUUAAAACAAUACAAUAAUAAUUGGAAAUUUUAAUUAAAAUAAAUUAUAAGGAUAAGGAACUAUUAUUUUUAACAAUUAGUAUUAGAUUAAUGGGUUGUUUGAUAAAGGAAAAAUAAUAUCAGGGCCAAUCUAGAUAAAGAUGCUAAAUUAAUAAGAAAAAGAGUAUUAAAUAUGAAUCAUUAUAGAAUUUAAGCUCAGUUAAACAUUGACUCAGAUUUAAUUGAACUUAGUAAUCAAUAGUAAUUUAGAGAAAAAAUGAAUUUGAACAAUUUUUCAUUUAAACAGUCAGAUAAUAUCAUUUACAAAGCACCUUAAUUUGUUUUAGGAUAGAAAGAAUAAAGUUCCUAUACUUUAUAUUUAAAUGGAGUACAGUAAGAGUAUAACAAUGGAAUAUUAUAAAAUGGAAUAGGUUAAGUGAUAACAUCCAACAACAUAUAAUUGAAAGGAAGGUUUAUAGAUGGUGCAUUAAAUGGACCUGGAUAAUUAAUUGAUAGAAAUAAUAAUUUGUAAAUAAUUAAAUAAUACUUAGAUUAUUGGAGGGAGAGUUUUAUAAUAAUAUAAUGAGUUAGGGGAAGAAAUAUCAUUUAGAACCUAGAAUAUUGUAAGAAUUUUUUAAUCAAUAAAUUAGACAUGAAGAAGGAUAAUUUAAUGAAUAAACAUAAUUAUCUGGAAAUGGCAAACGAUAUUUUAAUAUUGCAGAUUUAAUGUAAUAUUUAAUAAAAAAAAUAUAGAAAAGAAGAAGGUAGAUUUGUAAAUGGAUAAUUGCAUGGGGAAGGAAUAAAAUACUAUUAAAUUGAUGAAUAAGUAACCAAAUUGUAAAAUAUUUUUAGUAAAUUAAAAUAAUGGAGAAGGGAAAUUUUUAAAAUGGAAUUUUGAUCUUAGGCACAAAGUUCUAUUAAAAUGGUCGGAUGUAAUUUUUACAAUAUAAAUUUCAGAGAAGAAAAAGGUUAAUUUAACAGUAAUGGACUUUAAGGUGAAGGAGAAAGAAGGCAUUAAAAUGGUUAUAUGUAUCUUAAUUAAAUUUAUAUAUAGUAAAGAAUAUGGUAUUUUUUUGGAUGGAAAAUUACAUUCAAAGGAUGAAAAAUCUGGGAGAGCAAAUGAUAAUGGGUUAUUUAUUGAAAUUGGAUAUUUUUUAAACGGAUAACUCGAAGGAUAAGGAGAAAGAUAUUAUCCAAAUGGAAAAAAGUAUAAAAAUAAAAAUUUUAUGUAGAAAAGAAAUUGGGAAGUUUUCAAAUGGUUAAUUAAAUGGAGAUGGAAAAAAAUAUUACGAUAAUUAAGAAAAUUCCUUAGAGGAAGAGGGAUUAUUUCAGGAUGGUAAAUUAGAUAGUAGAAUUCUUAAUAUUUCAUAUUAAUAUUACUAAGAUGGAUCUUUAAAAUGUUAUGGAAUGUUUUCAAAGGGAUUGCUUACUACAACAGAUGGGACUUUUUAUUUCAACGAAUACGAAAUGAAAGGUGUUUUUCAGAAUGGACAAGUGAAUGGAACAAUGAGAUUAUAUAAUUCAAAUAAUGAAGGAAGAUUUGAAAGAAAUGAUAUUCAAAGCAAUGAAGAAUUUUUAAGAGCAGCAAAUAGAGCAGGAGUAUAUCAAUCCACUUAAUUCAAUAUUAAUGCUUAAUAAAGUUACAAAAGAAUAUGA